AUAAAUGACAGAACAAUGUUAUGAGUUUCUUAUGUUAUUUUAUAACAAAAAGGUCAUAACAUUAUACAAACACAUUUUUCAUACAUUUCCAGCACUCACUCAUGGAUUUUACCAAACCACCCCUAUGUGUUCAGGUUGGUUUUGCCCAUGUCACAUGAUUAAACCACAAUCACUCUGUUUUCUUUUGGAAAUAGUUACCUUUGUUCUGAGACGUAAUAAAAAUGGAGUUUCAAGAACAACACUGCAACAUUAAAUUUUGUCAGCAUUUAGGUAAAACAGCUACAGAGACUUUAAAAUUGCUAAGAAAGGUGUACGGUGAUUCCACCAUGGCGAAAUCGAAGGUGUAUGAAUGGCAUCAGCAUUUUAGAGAGAGCCGAGAAUCCAUCGCAGAUGAUGAACAUUCUGGCCGACCUUUGACUUCACAAAACGAGGAAAAUGUUGAGUUGGUCACUCAAUGUGUUCACAAAGAUCGUUGCCAAACCCUUGAAAAAAUCACUGUGGCUACUCACUUAUCAAAGACUAGUUGCCAGCGUAUUUUAACAAAAGAUUUUAAUAUGCACAGAGUGUCUCAGCACAUUGUUCCCCAGCUUUUGACUUCUGAACAAAAGGAAAAACAAAUGAGAAUAUUGGGUGAUUUAAUUGACAAAGCCAAUAAGGAACCAGCUUUUUUGAACCACAUAACAGGUGAUGAAAUGUAAUGUUAUUUAUUUGAUAUCCAAUCAAAAUGUGCUUCUCCAACAUAAAAAUCACACUCCUCACCAUGAUCGAAGAAAUUCCAGUAGGAUCGGAGUAAAGGGAAAGUCAUGAUAGAAGUAUCUUUUGAUUCUCAAGGAAUUGUUCAUUCAGAAUUUAUUCCUGAAGACAGAACAUUAAACAAGGAACAUUAUCUAGACAUUUUACAUCAUUUGAGGGAAUCCAUUCGUCAUAAAUGGCCACAGAUCUGGCAAAGUUGAGACUGGUACCAUCUGCAUGACAACAUACCUGCACAUCGGUUCCAAAUGGUCACACAGUUUCUUGCCAAAACUCAAAUUAAUAUGCUUCCACACCCUGCCUAUUCAUCGGACUUAGUCCUGUGUGAUUUUUAUUUGUUUCCAUCAAUGAAAAAGCAUUUGCAUUUGCUUUUGUGUUGUCAGAUGAGGUGAGAGCAGCAUCGCAGGAGGCCUUAUAGGAGGGUUUCAAAAAAAUGGCUUCCAGCAGUGCUUCCAGAAGUUAUACAAGCACUGGCAAAAGUGUAUCGUCACCCAAGAUAAUUACUUUCAAGGCAAUAUAAACUUUUUAAGGUAAGGAAUUUUAUGCCAAGUCCCCGAACUUUUGGAUCAUACUACAUUCAAAGGAGUUACAUCGUAUUAUUAGUCUUAAUUUUUGUAUAUCAAAUAUUUUAAGAAUAACUGAAGCUAUCAACAUCUAUAAAGUAGCAAGCCAAAAGGGUUUUGCAUUAACAAAGAAAACCUCAACAUAUCACAAGCAUUACUCUCUAAAUGUAAUUAUAACAAAUAACUUUUUAUUAACCAUCCACUUC